AAAUUUUUUUUUUUUUGGUUUUCAAUAAAAAAAAUAUUUUCUUGAUCAUCAACAAUUUAUGGAUCAAAUUGUUGUCAAUAAUUCAAAUGGUUCUUCUCAGGACCAAAUUACUAAAUGCAAAAAAUCUUAUUUUUGUGAUUCGUGUAAUCAAUCAUUCCAUUCAGCGUGGAAUCUUAAAAGACAUAAUCAACGAAAGCAUCAAGAAAAUAAUCAACCACCAUUGCAUAAAGAAAAUAUAGAGACAUCAAAAAGGUUUGAAUGUUGUUUAUGUGGUGAAAAAUAUGCCGGUUCUUUAUCCACACAUUUAAAAUCAUCACAUGGAAUCGAUAUUCAGACAAAAAAUUUGAAAUUUGAAAAUUUUCAAAUGUUCAAAUCAUUUUUGGAGAAAACUGAAGAAGAAACGUACUCCAAUUAUUCGACAAGAAGAAUUGUACGUGAUUCCAAUCAUCAAGUUACAUAUGCCAAUUAUAUUUGUUCACGUCGUGGAUCAAUGCCGGCUAAUAGAUUGGAACGAAAAAGAGCAUCGAAAUCUAACAAAACAAUUAAAAUUGGCAAUAUAUGUCCAUCACAGAUUAGUUUAACUAGAAACAAAAAUGGCACAUACACUGCCAAAUGGACAACAACCCAUGUUGGUCAUGAAUUAGAUGUGAAAUUUUGUCGAUUGCCAAAAAAACAUAAAGAAUUGAUUGAACAUUAUCUCAAGAUUGGAUUACCAUCAUCGGUUAUAAAGAAAAAAAUGAGCAAUCUUUUGGGUAAUUUUUCUGAUGAAAUAGCUAUGGAACGAAUGGUCACUGCCCAGGAUAUAAAAAAUAUCAAAAAACAAUUAAAAAUAUGAUGAAUGAUCAUAUUGUUGAAAAACAUACAGAAUCUUGUGAAAUGAUAACCGAAUUCGAGGAUGAAACAAAUCCAAUGGAUAUCUUGGAUCCAACAAUGUCCAUAUCAAAUGAAGAUGAUACAAUGAAAUUGGCAAAUAUAGAAAACGUACAUAAUGGUAAUGAAUCAAAUGAAUCUAGCAAACAAUCGUCAGAUUUUGCAACCACAGAGAAUGUUUCGAAAAAAUUUUGGCUCUUUGGAAAAUAUAUAUUAAAGAAGCAGAAAGAAUUAAAAACACGAUGAAAAAAAUUAAUGACAUGUUUGCUCAACCACAACAUGAUGAAGAUCAUUAUAAUGAAUUGGUAGCAACUAUUUCGACUAUUUUUCCACAUUUAUUUGAAUUGAAUAAUAAUUUAAUGGAUCAAAUUGAAAUGAAUGAAUGACAGUAACAUUUGAAAUUUUAAUCUCAAUAUAUAACAUCCAUAUAUCCAA